CAUGGACCCUUUUUCUUAGUGAUUUUGUUUAUUUGUUUCUCUUUUUUUAAUUGUUUAGAUUUUUUAUUAUCGAGAGUUGAUUUUCCUCAUUUAAUUUUGGAAACAAUUAAAUGAAAGUUAAUUGUUAUUUCGGACUACGAAUUGAACUAAUUAUGGGCUUUACUUUUCCAUAGAGUUGAUUACAUUUAUCUAAGAUUAAUUGUCUCAUUGUAAUUAUAUUAUUUUCUCGUUUAUGUUGAACCUUAAUUGGUGUUAAUUGUGAUUUUGCUAUUAACUAUGAUUAGUAAAUCAUUGGCCCCAACAGUUAAAGGAAUUUUCCCUUUCUUUAAAGAGCCUGGAAUCAACAAUUAUACGAUAAUUAAAUGGGUUAAACUUCACAUUACUUAUGAAUGCGUAAUGAAUAAUCAAUGGUACAAUCCCUAUGUUGAUAUUUAUCGAGCCCUGGAGCCAUUUGCAUCCGGAGUUUUAGCAAUCGCUAUCGGUAAACCAUCUCUAUAUAUGAAAUAUUUAAAAUUCUGUGAUUCUAAUUACACUCUUGAUCUGCGAAUGGGACAAUCAACGAUUACCGAUUAUUUUGAAAGUCCAACAAUUGACAGUAAACCUUUUGAUCAUAUUAAACUGGAGGAUGUGGAAAAAGUGGCCCGAUCAUUUAUUGGACCUCAAAUUCAAGCACUGCCAAAAGCCCGUUUCCUACGUCCACUAGGAAUUUAUUACGGAGACUAUGAUCAAUCUAAUGACGAAGAAAUUAAAUCAUGGGAUCAAUUCUUACAUAUUAACAAUCAGAUGAGAUUUGUAGCCGGUGAUCGUCAACACCAUCGAAAAGUAACCUGCCACUCGAUCGAAGUAAUCAAAUUUAAUCCGCCUGAUUUAACGUUACAAUUAAGUUGUGAUGUUCCGUUUUCGGUGAGAUCAUUUGCCGAAAAGUUUUUCACCGAAUUGGACACUUGCGGAUCGUUCACUCGAAUACUUCGAACCAAGGAAGGUCCAUUUACCCUUGACCAGUGUAUCGAUCGGACAGAUUUGUACCUAAAGUACUUGAUGCCCGCUUUACGGAAACACACUGAACCAUUUAUCGACCACGUUAGGCCACAUUUGGAUAAAUUACCUUUUCAUGACGAUGUGCGAAUGGGUAAACAACGAUAAUUAAUUGCAAUCGAAAUUGUUUCAAUUGAUUAACUUUCCAUCUAAAUGUAUAUGAACAAUUUUAUGAAACAAACAAUUAGUUUUAUUAUUAUCAUUGAUGAAGAGUUAAUUUUCCGCAACUCUUUCAAUUAAAUUAAUCUCCUUUUCUGAGUUUAAA